AUGGCAGUUUGCUGCAAAGAGAGGCGUCCACCACCCGGGGCCGUCCCGGUGACCAACUGCUGGGACAACAGCAGUGGGAUGUACGUGUACCUCGGGGGAAUCUAUGGCACAGGCCAGCCGCCGGUGAAUGAAGGGAGCUGCGAUACCUCCAUAUUUCCUGUGCUCGGGGCAGAGCCGGCAGGCAUGACGGCGGCCAAUUAUAGACAGCUCAUAAAGGGCGGGUUCCUAUUGGAGUGGGAGCCUGUCGGUGACUGCAAUGUCUGCAAGGCAAGCGGUGGGCGGUGCUGCUACGAUGCCAACACAUCAGCGUUCGCGUGCCUUUGCUCAGAUGGUAGCAUGCACCCGUCCACUUGCGUUUCGCUGUGUGCUGCGGCUAUCUUGGUUUUCGCCUGUCUUGCAUGUCUGAUGUACCACCAGAAGAAAAAUAUAAGAUCAGCAAUCUUCAGAAUUUACGCCAGCAACACAUCAAAUAUCGACGAAAUGCUAAGAAAAUGUGAAUCUCUUGCCCUGAAGAGGUAUAAGUACUCACAACUGAAGAAAAUAACAAGAUCGUUCAAGGACGAGCUAGGAGAAGGUGGAUAUGGUGUGGCAUACAAGGGAAGCCUGCAAGAUGGCAGAAUGGUUGCAGUGAAGCUACUGAAAGGAUCAAAAGGCAAUGGAGAAGAUUUUCUGAAUAAAGUUAUGAGUAUCUGCCAGACUUCUCAUGUUAACAUUGUCAAGCUACUCGGUUUCUGUUUACAGGGAUCCGAGCGAGCGCUUGUCUACGAGUACAUGUCCAAUGGUUCUUUGCAGACGCACAUUUAUACAGAGAGUUCCAAACAGGCCAUUGGAUGGGAGGUGUUCCUAAAAAUUGCAAUCGGUAUCGCACGAGGGUUAGAGUAUCUACACCAGGGUUGCAACACCCGCAUCAUCCAUUUCGACAUCAAGCCUAACAACAUCCUUCUAGAUGAUGAGUUCUGUCCCAAGAUUGCAGAUUUUGGUUUGGCAAAGCUAUGCCACCUGAAGGACAGCGUCCUUUCAAUGGCUGAAGCGAGAGGGACGGUUGGUUUCAUCGCACCAGAAGUGUUCUCUAGGGGUUUCGGGGUCGUCUCGACAAAGUCAGAUGUUUACAGCUACGGGAUGAUGCUCCUAGAAAUGGUUCAAGGGAAGAAGGAUCAGAAAGGAAAGGCAGACAGUUCUAGUGAAUCGUUUUUUCCACAUUGGGUUUGGGAUAAUUUGGUGAGGGAAUUGCAUGGAUCUGAAGCAAAAUAUGGGACUGAAGAAAUUGUAAGAAGGAUGACCUUGGUUGAAUUGUGGUGCAUACAUAUGAACCCUGAAAGCCGCCCGUCCAUGAGCAGGGUUAUAGAGAUGUUGGAGAGGAAGAUGGGUGAAUUGGAGAUGCCUCCCCGGCCGUUCCUCUGUUCUCCAGUGUACUCAACAACAGUUUCAUCUUAUGCAUCUGUCCAAGUUAUGAUGCCUUCACCGUGA